CACCGGCCGCCGGCCAUGCCUCCCUCCGGCGAGGUGCUCGCCUCCGUCUCCUCCGCGCUCGCCGUGCUGCUCCUCCUCCUCGCCUGCGUCGAGCUCGGCGACGCCGCCGCCGCCGUCGGCGUCUACCGCCUCAUCCAGUACGACCUCGCCGGCGCCCCGCUCGGCUCGCGCGCCGCCGCGCUCAACCACCACGCCGCCGCGCUCCCGCUCCCCGCGGGGGCCGACCUCUCCCGCUCCGCGCUCGUCGCGCCGCUGCUCGACCUCCCGCUCUCCUUCCUCCGAGAGUACCUGGCGGAGAAAAAGCAUCUUGGAGGGUUGCUCAUUCUACUCCCGACAAACCUCGGCGCUAAGAAUGGUGACGUAAACGGCGAUGACAAGGGGCAACCGAAGAGUGUGCUGGCUGAGCUGGAAAAACUGCUCGUGCAUGAAGAAGUGCCAUUUCCAGUGUAUUUCGCUUUCCAUGACGACAAUAUGGAUGACCUAUUGGCAGAUAUCCGUAAAAUUGCCUCUUCUGGCCAGCCGGCCUCUGCAUCGACAGGAGGAUACAAGCUUAUAGUACCAUCGGCGGAACCUAAAAAGGUGUCAUCUCCAACCAUUUCAAAUAUCCAGGGAUGGUUACCUGGAUUGAAAGGAGAGGGUGAUGCUGAACAGCUUCCAACUAUUGCCAUAGUUGCAAACUAUGAUACUUUUGGUGCUGCACCUGCACUUUCUGUGGGAAGCGACAGCAAUGGAAGUGGAGCAGUGGCUCUCCUGGAAAUUUCACGAAUUUUUUCACGCCUCUAUUCAAAUCCUAAGACCAGAGGCAAGUUUAAUCUUCUCUUUGGCUUAACAUCUGGUGGACCCUACAAUUACAAUGGGACUAGCAAGUGGCUUAGAAGUUUCGAUCAGCGUGUGCGCGAGAGCAUCGACUAUGCAAUUUGCUUGAAUAGUGUUGGUUCUUGGAGCAGUGAUCUCUGGAUGCAUGUAUCAAAGCCUCCAGAGAAUCCUUACAUCAAGCAAAUCUUUGAGGAUUUUUCAGAUGUCUCCAAGGAAAUGGGCAUUUCAGUUGGCAUCAAGCACAAGAAGAUUAAUGUGUCAAACUCUAGAGUAGCAUGGGAACAUGAGCAAUUCUCGAGGUUUAGGGUGACUGCACUAACACUUUCAGAAUUGUCUACCCCUCCUGAAUUUUUAGAAAGCACUGGUGGUCUGGCUGACACUAGAGAAUCAGCUGAUGUUGAGUCAGUAAUGAAGACUGUCAGAUUAGUUUCUGAGAGUCUCGCGAGACACAUCUAUGGAUUGAGAGGAAGGAACAUUGAUGUUUUCGCUGAGGACAGCAGCUUAGCUAUCAGUCCUCACUACAUCCGAUCCUGGCUGGAUCUGUUUUCACGGACACCACGAGUUGCACCUUUUCUUCAGAAGAAUGAUCCCUUUAUCGCAGCACUUAAAAAGGAACUAUCGGAGCAUACUGCUGAUGUGCAUGUUCAAAAUGACGUCCUUGAUGGCAUGUUCACUUUCUACGAUGCAACAAAAUCAACUUUAAAUGUAUAUCAGGUUGCAAGUGUUACUUUUGAUCUGUUGUUCCUUCUGGUGCUUGGUUCCUAUCUAAUCGUUCUCUUCAGUUUCCUUGUAAUCACUACACGGGGCCUCGAUGAUCUCAUUAACAUAUUCAGACGGCCUCCAUCACGUAAAGUCAAGGGAGCGUAGGAUAGAUUGGUUUUCGUGUACUAGUAACGAGGAGGAUCGCAGGCCUAGUUAGAAGAGCUAGACACCCCAGGAUGACAAGCUAGCUUUCACAGCAGAUAGACCUAUAAUUUCAAAAUUUUACUGUUGUUCUCUAGCCAAUGUGAGUGGCUUCAGAUUCUGCUAGGCAAAAAACAUUAUUUCUUUUGCACACGAGGAAUUUUGCUGUGUGUUAUAUUUUUUCCAUUUUCGUGGUUCUAGCAGUUUUGGCUACUGUGAAGUUGAAGGCCUAUCUGCACAAGAACAAUCAUCAUGACAGUGUCUUGCCGUGUUAUGUAUGGAUAAAACACCAACGCUGUACUCCUAAGCAUGUACUUGGACACAGUGAAAGAUAUCUUUUGAAUACUGUCAAAGCACAACUGCUGUGGA